GAUUGGCCAGCUACUGGCAGGCAGAGUCAGCCUCUCCCUCAGCAUCCUCCUGCAGCCUGGCCGGCCGGGCCCGAGUCCUGCAGCCACCACUGCCGCCGCGAGAGCCUGGGUCCUACCGCCCGCCCUCCCGCCAACCAGCACCCGGGGGCCGGCCGAGUCCUCCACUGACAGUAGGGAGCAGAGUCUGGGGCCUGCCCGUUCAACGCCGAGUAAGGAAUGAGAGAGUGCCACCAUGAUGGAAGGACUGAAAAAACGGACAAGGAAAGCUUUUGGUAUACGGAAGAAAGAAAAGGAUACAGAUUCCACGGGAUCUCCAGACAGAGAAGGCAGCAAGAAGGCCAACGGGGCUCCUAAUGGGUUUUACGCAGAGAUUGACUGGGAACGAUAUAACUCUCCCGAGGUGGAUGAUGAGGGCUACAGCAUCCGGCCCGAUAUGGAACCUGGCUAUAUCAACAAAGGAGGAAAGCACUUCUAUUCAUCUAGUGAGUCCGAGGAAGAGCAAGAGUCUCGCAAGAAAUUCAAUAUUAAGAUUAAGCCCCUUCAGGCUAAAGAUAGUUUGAAAAGUGUAGCCACUGUGGAUGAAUUGAAGGCUUCAAUUGGGAACAUUGCACUUUCCCCUUCCCCUGUGAGGAAAAGUCCGAGGCGUAGCCCGGGUACAAUUAAGAGAAAACUAUCACGUGAAGAAAUUGCAAGACCAAGGCGUGCAACACCUACAGCCGAGGUUGCAAGACGUUCAACACCAACUGCUGAAGUUACAAGACGUUCAACACCAACGCCAGAGCUUGUUAGCAAGAGGAUUCCUGCUGAUUUGUUCGGACCCCCACUGGAAUCAGCCUUUGAAGGGCCAAAGUCUGAAGUUUCAUUAGAUCAGUCGGAAAUAUGGGGAGCCUCUCAGAUGGAACCCCCAGACCUAGAGUCACCAGAACAGUCACAUCCUUUUCCUACCGGAACUCCUCCGCCCAUUCCACCGAAAAAUAUUCCGGCCACACCACCAAGAACGGCUUCACCGUUACCAGCAGGAGUAGAAUCCAUAGUAGAUGAUCAGGACGACACAGCUGAAGAUGCACAACAUCCAUCAAUAAAUGACCUGGACAGCAUUUUUGGCCCUGUGUUGUCCCCAAAGUCAGUGGCUGUUGAUUCAGAAGAUAAGUGGGUCACAUUUGUAGAACCUUCUCCAGAAAGGGUUUCUCCAGAAGUCCCUACAAGAAGAACGGUUGAGUCUCCCCCAGCAGAACCAGAAAUUCCCUGUGAAUCCCCUGUGGUGGAAACUUCACGCAACAUACCAUCUCCACUCAAUUUGGAGGAGAUCCAGAAGAAAAUCGCUGAGCAAAGUUUCGUCAAAGACGACAUACUGGAGACUGCGGUUUCUCCAAAAGAUUUUGGAUUGGGGCAAAGAGCUACUCCACCCCCACCUCCACCACCUACAUACAGAGCUGUGGUGUCUUCUCCUGGGCCUAGUGCUAGCAGUGCUGUUGGCUGUGCAAGUGGUACUUCCUCUCCAGCCCGGCCUGCCACCCCUCUUGCUAUCUGCAGUACAACUCCUCCACCACCUCCUCCCCGUCCACCUUCUCGACCAAAAUUGCCUCCUGGAAAGCCUGGAGUAAGCGAUGUGUCAAGGCCGUUCAGUCCCCCAAUCCACUCAUCCAGCCCCCCUCCCAUCGCUCCACUAGCUCGCGCUGAAAGCACCUCUUCGAUUUCUUCUGCAACGUCUCUGAGUGCCGCCACCACACCAACUGUUGAGAAUGAACAGCCUUCCCUCAUUUGGUUUGACAGAGGAAAAUUUUAUUUGACUUUUGAAGGGUCAUCAAGAGGCCCAAGCCCUCUGACGAUGGGUGCCCAGGAUACCCUUCCAGUAGCAGCCGCCUUCACGGAAACUGUCAAUGCCUACUUCAAAGGAGCCGAUCCAAACAAGUGUAUAGUGAAGAUCACCGGAGAAAUGGUCCUGUCGUUCCCAGCCGGUAUCACUCGACAUUUCUCCAAUAAUCCCAUGCCAGCCGCUCUGACAUUUCGUAUAACAAAUUACAGUCGGUUAGAACAUGUUUUACCAAACCCUCAACUUCUCUGCUGCGAUAAUACGCAGCCAUCUCCUAAUGCAAAAGAGUUCUGGGUGAAUAUGCCAAAUCUGAUGACUCACCUGAAAAAAGUAUCGGAACAGAAACCACAAGCAACAUAUUACAAUGUAGACAUGCUCAAAUAUCAGGUAUCUGCCCAGGGACUUCAGUCUACUCCAUUGAACCUAGCGGUGAGUUGGCGAUGUGAAGCGACAAGUACCGACCUGCGAGUAGACUACAAAUACAACCCCGAGGCAAUGACUACCCCAGUAGCGCUGAACAAUGUCCAGUUUGUUAUACCCAUAGAUGGAAACGUAACAAAGCUUCAUGCUGUCCUUCCACCUGCUGCCUGGAGUGCCGAACAGCAGAGGAUAUUAUGGAAAAUCCCAGAUAUUUCCCAGAAAUCUGAAAAUGGAGGAGUUGGUUCUUUGCUUGCAAGGUUUCUCCUAUCAGAGGGUCCGAGUAAGCCAGCCCCCCUGGCAGUACAAUUCACCAGCGAAGGAACCACUCUGUCUGGAUGUGAUAUUGAGCUUGUUGGGGGUGGAUACCGAUUCUCACUCAUUAAGAAGAGGUUUGCAGCAGGAAAAUACUUGGCCGAUAUCUAAUUGGACAUUUAUGCUCAUGGAACAUUGUACAUGAAGAAACAAUGUUUCCCGAGCAGAUUUUAUUUAUAAGCUAAUGAACAUGGACAAUUAUUUGGUAUGUGUGGGACGUUUCUGUUGGGAGCUGCGACGAUCGUCAUUGGAGCAUUUUCCGCAGAAAUCUUCAUGUUUACCAUUCCUACAGUAUUUACUUCUAGAUGUAACAUUGUUCAUGGUUUUAAAAUGUAAUUAUUGUAUUUGUAAAUUGUACUUAUUCCAGUAAGGCUGUAUUUUGGCAGUUAGACUCUGUCGUCUCGACAUUUUACCAUUAGUAAAUGGAUGUAAUUUAAACUGUUCUAAAGAAUAAAUUGGUAGUAUUGUUGAAUGGGAUACUGCUUACUGAGAUAAUUGUGUAUAUAUAGAACUGAAUCUAAUAUAAAUAAUUAUCGUGGGGGGAUGCCUCAAAUAUUGAAUUGUUGGCUAUGCAGAUGAAGUGAUCUCCAUACGAGAUUUCCCGACAUGCAGAUGUAAUUAAAAAGGACGUUUGCAUGAAGUAUUAGGUGAAGGUGUUAUAGGAAACAGCAAGGUUAGUUAAAUCAAUAAAGCAUUCAAAAUAGGGACAAUAAUGCA